AGAGGAGGAGAGCAGCGCGUCCUCACUAACUUGUCUGGCCGCUGUGAUUGCCCACACUCAGCCUGACAAACAGCUGCACACCAUCUAGGAAACUUUUCCUCCAAACUCCUCAAAUCAGGAUUUUUUCCCCCACCAGCUCUACAACUUUCUGUGUUUUUUUUGUCUGUGGAUGUACAGAUGUAGAAGGGUCUGCACCGCUGGAUUCUUGGUUUGCGUAAUGCCAAGGCGUCCUCUCUUCAACAUCUGGAUUAACUAUUUGGAGUCAGAGCUAGCGGCCCUGCUCAGACCUCUGCCCGUCCAGCCUGUCUUUAUGGAAAGACUGCUCCUUUUCGCUGGAUUUUAACCCUUUUUGAUAACCGGAGAUUUGUGGAUAGAUUAUGUAUUCUUUAAGAUGGGUGCGAACAAUGGAAAACAGUAUGGAAGCGAGGGUAAGUACUCCCAUGUCGACUCUGGAACACGUUUUAUUGAAUUCAACAGAGACGGAAGUAUAUUUAAUCUAAUUAUACCCUACAAAGGACACAUUUUUAUCGGUUUGUACCGCAGUCUCUAACAGGUUUCGCUCUGUAGUUUGUGACUUUUAAGCUCGCGCUGCUCCCUUUAACCGUUAUUUUUGAACUAAGCUAACGUUUUCUUCUCGUGGAGUUGAACUCGCACCAAACUUCAUUGAAAAAUCUCGAUAUUUAAAGGAACAUACAAAAACCGACUCAAGACUUAACAUUUUAUCAUCUUUUACACUUUAAAGUGGCGUGCAUCGUUUAUAUUCGUCAUAUAUGAAAGCGAGAGAGACAUCUGGUGGCCAUAUUGGAACCAUUUGAGAUGAACCGUUAAGAAUGUACAAGUUCAACGUGUAAAGUUGAUGUAAAAUUAUACUUUUGAAGUGCGUUUACAGAUUAGUUUACCCGCAUUUUAUCUCGAAAAAGUCUCUUUUUCUUGACUGUCUUGCUUCCUUAAGGCUUCAACAUAUUAAACGUUUCAAAACAGUAUGUCUGAAAAGUCAAAUAUGUAUGUAUUAAACACACGAAUUAGGCUUUUCAGUUGAAGUCAGAAGAAAAUCUGUUUUUUAAGAGCAGAAAUUGCCACUAUAAGUCGAAUAUUAUCUCCAUAAUGUGUCAUAAUCAGCUGAGUUGGCAGCAUACACGGUCCCCUACACAGGUACUUUCAUUUACAGCAUAUUUUAAACUGUGUAUUCUGCAUUAGAUUUAGUGGAGGGAGGUCAAAAGGACAGGGGUGUUUGGGAGCACUCAGUCACUCUGAUCUUGAUAAGACCCAAUUCCAGACAUUUUUUGUCUUCACUCUCCAAGCCUAUUGUUGUUUAAUUUGGCAGCCAUUUUGUGCAUAUUGGUCAAUGCCAUAUAAUCAUUUUUUACAACAACAUUAUGCAUGGAACAGCCUGAACAAUCUGAAACAGUCUUCCUCAUGCAAAGUGUUGAAGCUUUUACUAAAAAAAAGCACCUUGCUUGAUGUUUUCUUCAAGUGGAUGCACUAAGAAGUAUAAUAUAUCAAUAAAGUGAACAUUUAUUUUGAGUUCAGCAUCAAUUUUUGACCUUAAGAUGCUCUUUUGCAGCUGGUUGUUGAGGUUAAUUUUCAGGUGGAGCCAAAGAAACAGCACAGCAAAGGUAUCAUAGUGGAAACACAGUCAUUGUCUAUCUAGCAUAUUUUCCUGCUCUUUUUGAAUAGAAAAGCAUUGUACAAGCAAAACACUCAUAGUUUAAGAAAGCUAAUGGGGGAGAUAUUCAUGCUUAGAUAUCCAGAGAACUAUUUCACCCAACUGGAAUGCAUUUAAGCUUCAGGAAAAUGGCAUUUGACUUUUUUCUGUGAUGUUGAUUCAACCAAAAUCCCCAUCUUAAGACCCUCAUACAGAAAUAUUGAUAAAAUCUCCAACCACUGAAUAAAUGAGCCUGGGUUUUCAGCUCAGAGGGACAGUUAAACUCCCAUUUUAUUGCAAAGUUUAGACUUCCAAGAACAUAGUAUUGCACUCCCCCUACCUCCCCCUGACCACUAGCUUCUCCAUCUAAUCUCCAUCACCCUGAAAAACUUCAUUCGGACUCUCCCCUAAACACAUCCCCUCUGUUUCUGGAGCAGAAAUGUUUGUAUAAAUAACAUUCCAGUCAGCUCUCUUCCUAAGUCAAUAUCUGCACAGAACAGACUGGACCUCAUGAUGUUAAAAAUAACAAGUGGAUCAGCUCCACCUCAGAAUCCAGACUGUGAAGGACAGUACAUGAACAGAUCCUGGACAGGUUGGGCUCCUCCUUAAGCGAGGGCAAGGUUUCUCCUUACUCUCAUGUUAGCAUUCAGGUGGGAAAAACAGUUGGUGCGGAUUGUGUUUUCUUCUGCACAAGCCAUUAUGAUUGAGUCAUGGGGCUUUUUUUGCAAGGUAGAAAAACUUCUGAUAGCCGUCAGCUGGCAAGAUUACAGUUCUUUGGUAAAGAAGUACACAAGCUACACAGCAAACUGAGCAUAACUACUAGUGCAAACACAGGCUGGUGCUUUUUGUUGAUGUAAAACCGCCACAAGUUUAGAUGAUGCUGUCUAACUCCCACAAUUAAAACUGUGAUCUUUGUGUGUUGAAACAUCUCUUCUAUGAUUCAGCAGUGAUGCAGUUUGAAGUUUGUGCUCUUUGGUUUUUAAGUACAGGGAAAACACGAAAAGGGACAAUUUGAAUGUAAAUGUCAAAGGUCGUUAAAUGAGGGGUUUGCAAGGGGUUUCACAGAGCAAGUAUACAUUUUCUGACGCUGUGACCUUAAAUGGUAUUGAAAUGUUUAUUUCAAAUAAGUAAAAAAGGGUGUAGUGACUGCUUUCCUUCAACAUAAAAGGCCACUGGGGUUUAGGUUCGCUUGCAUCUGUGACUCCUUCAAUUAUCAGUCCAGUUUGAGUGUUAAAAAGUGAUUUAUUGUUCAGAAAAGGGAAAGAAAACACGCUGAUCCAGGUCCAAAACUUUGCCUUGAAAAUGAAAAAGUGAUAUGAUGAAAUCAAGUUAAAAAAGGAUGAGUGAAACAGUGAAAAACAGUCAACAUAAAAUUAUCAGAGCUUACCACAACCCAUUGUCUGACUUCACCGCUAAGACUUAAAUAACCCGCCAAACAUUCCAAGACCACACCCCUCAGUGAUGAUCCCCAGAAGUGAUGUACCUAAUAGAAAUCAUAAUUUCAACAAAUAUAUUUUGGCUCUUACAAAGGGCAAAUCAGAGUGAUCAGACUAAAAUUAGACAAACAUGCUAAAAUUACAAGCAUUUAAACAGGAGCACUCAAUGAUUUGGUUUACUGAUUUGAAAAGGACCAUGAAGAACUUAUUUAACCCCCACUUUACCCAAGUAAAAGCAAAUUAAUAAGCUUCAUUAUUGAUUCAAACCCACACAAUUAUGUGUUAUGUGUUCUUAAGAAAUGUUUGCGGGUUGUCUGGUUUUAAAGUUGAAACAACAGACUUUGAACACUGACGUUGUAGUUCGUACAAGUUCCCGAACUUUAGUCUGAUAGUUGGAAGUACAGAGAAAUUCGCUAGCAUAAAGCCCAGUAACUGAAUACAUCAAAUCCAGAAAUUUACUCAAGAUGGGAAUAUCCAAACAAUCAAAUCAGGAUUGCAGGCCUUCAAAAAUCAUGAGAAUCUGAUUUUAAUUUAAUUCAAAGUUUUGUCAUGUCACAAAAAAAUCAUCUCACCAUUCUGUACCAAAGACAUAUUUCAUCGGUUCAGUGAAAAAUCCCACAGUUCUUGACUCAAAAAUCAACUGUACAUUGGCCACAACUGCACAGCAUCUUCCCACCAACAGUUGAGAAUAUAAGACAGGAAGCAGGAGCUUUCUAUAAGAUGUUUUCCUACCAGAGACAGAAAAACAGUCCGCCUGCACGGAUCCAAAUACGUCAGAAAAAGCGGCCCAGCAGAGUUCCUCAUGCUGAGAAAAAGACUGGUGUAAUCAUAGAAAUAUUAAAAUAAAUUUGCUCGUGUCUUCCCGGGUCUAUGCUCUCUGCUGUGCCUGGAUAUUAGACAAUUUUUCAUCAUCAAGCUGCUCAUGAAAGUCUGAGUCAUUUCUGGAGACUGAGGGAGGUGGAGCAGAUGUGCUGGCUUAGUGAUGUCGCCACAACAUGUCACAUAUUAACCGACCAUAAGAGCUACAUUGAUCCAAAAGCUUUUUAUACAUAUGUUUUUUUUUUUCUUAUGUUGCUGAUAUUAUUUCAAAUGAGUCCAAUACAACAGCCUGGUCUAUGGCUUGAAAGUUUGACCAUAUGGGUACCGCUGCAGCAUCACUUUGGCACAUAUAAAACUUUGCGCUCAAGUUACAUGUUGUUACCAUAAACCAUAUGAGACAUGGACUCAAUCUCUGUCACUUCACCUGUUGGUGUCUAAAAAGGGCAUUUAAAGGGAUAUUCUGGCGUAAAAUUAGUUUCGGGUCAAACACACCAUAACACCAAGUUAGACACCCCCUCGAGAGAUGAAUGUUGCCGAACGCUUGCUUCUUUAGUUAUACCAACUUUAGUAACGACCGCAUGAUAGCAAUACACAGCGGUCUGAGGAGCCAUAAACACACCUUAAACAAAACACCACUCUAUAGCCACAAAUAAUGAUCAGAACAGAACCUAACUUCAUCAACAGUACAUAUACAAUUGGUAUAACUAGAGAAGCAAAUGGUCGGCAACAUUCAUCUCUCGAGGGGGUGUCUAACUCGCUGUGUGUUUGACCCGAAACUAAUUUUACGCCAGAAUAUCCAUUUAAGCUCAAAGAUGGUGGUCGCCUUAUUGGAACUCCAUCUAACUAACUCCCAGCUAAUGAAGAAACCUGUAAAGAGAAAGUGCCGAUUAGCUCGUCCAAUCAGUAAAUCUAAUGAUCCUUCACUUCAAUAUUGACUGUUUGUUUUACACAGAUAUCAAGUCCCGGGUCACUAAAUGAUCCAUCACACAAACACAAGAGAGACAGCAGAAUAAUAACAGCACCUAUGAAUGUUAACAGAGGUAGAUGGUUGUAUUUUUGAUGCAUUAGGAUGUUGACGUCGACUUGCGAGAAAAAAAAAAAACGUGUUGUUUACUCGACUGAGUCUAGAGUCACAUGUUGCUCUCCUCCUCUCCUCACUUCACUACUUUACUAUUUACUACUUAUUUUGGCUCCUGUCACAUCUGUUUAGGAGGCUGCUCUUGAUUCGCAUGUGGCAGGGACCGUUUGAGAAUACCUCUCCGUGACGUGCCGGCUGAAAGGCGCAUACUUAAGUCUCAGGAAAGCCACAGAGCUGCAUUUAUGAUCUGACUGAGGAAUGAAAUGCCAUAAACAACCAGUUCACGGGCCGCCUGCAAUCACAGGGCAGAGCAGACGGUUUCACUCUAGAGGAAGAGCCAAACAAUCACAGAAAAUCUCGAUCCAGCUCAUAAAUCCAGAGCUGUAAAUCUACGUUAAUUUAAUCAUCAUAUGGCAGAUGUACCGACAGUGUGACCUGAAAAGUAUCUGUAAUGAUUCAUUGAAGAGAGUAAUUGCUUUUAUCUCCUGCAGGAGUGUUUCAUCACUUGUCUGCCGUGGAAGUGAAGCCAGGGCGGGUCUUUAUUUGUCUUCUUGCUCACACAAACCAGCCGAGGCUCGAAGCUAAUGGUCCUUUUACAAAUAAGGACACAUAACAGUCGUGAAAGCACAGGACAAUCCUCCUAUAAAGAUUGAUUUUUAAGGCUUUGAAGGGUAAAACCAAUGAUUACUCUCAUGUUAAAGUUGCUGUUCUGCAUCCCAGCGCUUUUGUUUUUCUCCCCUGCAGGUAAAGGGAGCUCUAGCAUCUCCUCUGACAUAAGUUCGAGCACAGAUCACACACCAACCAAAGCUCCAAAGAAUGUGGCUACCACCGAAGGUAAGGCAUCUGGUGCUCAUUAACCAAACUCCCCUCCCUCCUUCUUCUUCUUCUUCUUCUUCCUCCACCUCCUUCCACCCCUCUUUUUCCUCCUCAUACACUCUCUGUGCUGCCUAUUUUGGGAGAGAAACCUGCAUGUUCCUGGGAUAACCCCUAAAUUGAAAACAAACUCACAGCUCUCAUCAGAACGCAGAAACCAAAGGCAUUUCUAAGGCUUUUGUUUGAGGAGAGAAAAAAAAGCACUUCUGGCUUCUCAUUGUGGAGGAAUGCUUAUCUAAACUGCGGUCAUAUCAGGCUCAAAGCACUGCCAGGGAGGGAGGUAGAGUAUGUGAGCUCAGGAGAGGAGGGUGAGACGGAUUUUCGAGACAGAGAAGGUGUAGGGAGGGAAAAUCGAGAGAAGAAAUCCUCACCGUCUGCUGAGAAGCUGCUGUUCCUCCUCGUCAUACAGCUCUUUGGCUCCCUAAUACCUCCUCUCACCCUGUCAGAAGUGUGUAUGUUACAAAUGGAAACUUUAAUUUGACUGAAAUGGUUCAAAAACACUGGAGUCAGGACCAUUUUGUCAAAGGAAGUGAUUAUUCGCAUCAUUAAGUUAUAUUUGGCAGUACGGCUCUGUUCUGAGAGCUUUCACUUGAGUACCUGGAUGCCAAUGGGAGAGAGCACACCUCCCCUCUGAUUCAUGCGCAUACAUGAAAAGCCAGGGCAGGGAGAGCAGCAGCAAAGAGACAAUACAUACAGUAUGCAGGGCUCGACAGUGCAACCGUUUAACUCGCAUUUGUGACUAAAAAUAAAUGUGUGCGAAUUGUAAAAUGUAUUUAGGGGCACAUGUGCGCAUAAAAAAAUUAGCCAAGGCAACAAAUGCUUUUUCAUGUAAAUACCGCGGUGAAGUUAGUUUUAGUUUGGCUAUUCAACGGACAUUCACUGUGGAUCUACGGGUGUCUUCUCGCUCUCCAUUAACGGUUGCAACAGCUUAGUUAGUGUCAAGCCUUGGUAUGACUUUGGUAGAGUCAAAUGCAGCAUAAAGGAGAAGCUGGGGUGGAGGUGGGUUGCAAAGUGGUUUGCAGAGGAAGCAGGAAGAGUUGACAGGUGAAAGCCGCUUAUAUGAGACACCCAUUUCAAGUCUUCAGUCACCUGUCUGUUUUUAAGACUGAGAGGUCUGACUCGCCAAAAGCACUCUUAAAUCAGGCCUGGCUGUGUUGAAAAAACUUACAUUUAAACUUGUGUUUUGUGGGAAAUCAUUGCUUGUUUUGACAUUUGUGUACUAAGUUGAACAUCUAGUCCAAAUAGUCACAACCCGACUGUUUUUAGUCCAUUCUUUUAUGUUACAACAGACUCGCUUACGAGGCAAAACUCGGCCACAAGCUUAACCAUAACCAUCAUCCUUCCACCUCAAGUUUACUUGGCAAAAAUCAUUUGAAAUAACGGUACCUCAAACAAACCUUCCCACACCUCAGCCACUUUAAGUGCUGUGGAGAAAUGUUGUCAAAUAUAGGUCUCCUGUUGGUUUUCCUUGCUUGUUUGAUUGCUUUGUCGCAACAUGACCCCAGAGGACCUUCCUACAGUUAACACACCACUUUUAAGCAAAUGAACAUGGGUUGAGCAGUAACUACACUGCAAUUAGUUGUUUAAAGCUCCUGUGAGGAGUUUUCAGCUGCCUAUGAAAUACACUGAAAAUGGAACCAGCUAACUCUGUCUGAAGGCAACAGCACAGCAUAAAGGAACAUCGUUUACUUUAUUAAACACCAGUAAACCUGCAAAAAACGAAACUGUAAAAUCACAUUGCUUUUUCACAUAUAGUAGAAGCACAACAGUCACUGAAUUAUAUCCAAAUUAGCAGGAAAUAGACCACAGGAAGGCAAAACAACCUGUCAUGAGCAUGUUGUUUCCUCUAUACUGAGCCCUGACUGGAGCUGCACUAUGCUGCUGCCACGCUCCAAAUGCACUCAAUACUGAUCCUGUAUGUUUUCAGGUUUACAGGUUUUAGGACAAAGUUCCACAUGGCAAGAAAUGUUGAAUCAGCCGAUCAGUGAAAAUUAGAAACUACAAAUGAAUCAACCACAAAUACAUCGCAGUCUCCCCGUCUGUUUUCCGUGGUCUCUCUGGGUCGCUGAGUGACUCACCGUCUGUUUUGCACGCUCGUACACAUACACUCCAAACCCGGCUCCUCUCAUGCUUUGUCAUCACCAAUCUUAAAUUUGCUCUGGCAUGAUGAAUGUAGUAUUCUUGUGGUUCGAAGGAGCCCACAAGAAAACAGAUCCCAUCUCCAACCUGUGUUUAUGGCUGUCAGUCAGCCCCAAGAUUUCAAGGUGUUUCACAGAGAGAGGGUAAAAAAAAAUGAAGAAAAAGGACCUUCUCACGAGACGUCAGAUGUACGUUCAGUUUCAUGAAAGAUGGGAGUCAAUUAGUUUGUUGUUGUGGGGUUAAUUCACUGAUUAACCUCACUAAGUAUAGAGUAGGAUGAACUGCCCCCCUGUGAGUCUACAUCUGAAGGAGGAAGAUUACAGCUCCUCAUUCCACUUCUCUGGAAAUGCUGACUCACUCAGAUCUGUUAGUUAUGAGCUUCUGGAUCAGCUGCCAGACUAUUUUUGGAAAAUUGAUAAUUGUCCUGAGUUUGUCUGCUCGGAGAACAACCUGUGCGCGUAGAAAUAUAUAGAUGGAGUCCAGGCCAAGUCCAGCAGCUUCCCCACCAUAAUUUCCCUCCCGUGUUAUGACUGAAAUUGUUAGUUUUUUCUCCACGCUAAGUGGGAGUAAAUUACAUGGUCUGGAACCACCAUGGCCACAGUCAAAUCCCCCCUCCUUAAAAAGACACAUACACAAGUACACACGCAUGCAUACCAGUGUUCACACACACGCACACACAAACACACAGUGGCAGAUUACAUAGUCCUUCCCACCUCGUCCUGUGGUCCACUAAACUAAUCAGGAAGCAGUCUGGGCUGUUUCCCCACCACACACAGGGAGGAUUCUUCAUAGGGGGCCUAUUCAGCCCCCUCAGGCUGUGCUAAUAUCACUGCUGCAUUAGUUAGUUACUUAGUUACUUAGUCAGUUAGUCUGAUGGUAGAUUUUUUUUCUCAGUAAUGUCACAAUACAUCACCAUAACAUCAAAAUAUGACCAAACAUACUCUUAUUGAACACUUAUAAGAGAAAAUGAUCAUAAUGCACAUUUAUAACCUUAAAAGUAAUAAGUCAAAGUUCAUGAUUUCACAUUUCAAUAAAAAAUAUAAAUUCUCCAUGAAAAAUCUGAUAGCUCGAUCAAGCCUUGGGCUGAAAUUAGUCUGAAAAAAUGUAAGAAGAGGAGUUUCCUGGACUUAAAUUUAGACUGUUUGACGUCCUCUUGGACAGACAUACAGGAAUUUCCUGUGAAAAUGCUUUUACUGUCAAGACAGAGUCAUCUAGCCCCUGAAACGAUCAGAUUUUUCUCUGAUAAAGCAUUUUUGACUUUUGUUGGGAGUCUUAUGAUCAACAUAAAUUUUACUUGUGCAAAAAGUAUUUCUUUUCCCAUUUUUCUUUGACUAAAUGGGGAGUCUUGGUUUAGAAAAUACAGAUCUUACUGUGUCCAAAAGAUGUUGAUUUAUUUUACCUUUUGACGCAGGGGAAGGACAUAUUUUCAGCAGUUAUAUCAAAAUAGAUAUGAUACGAUGCCCUAAGUUGCCCAACUUCUCAAAACAGACCAGAUUAGUUGCACAACGGUACAACAUGAUGUGAUACCAUACCAUACUGUAUGACACAAUACAAUACAAUACAGAACAAUAACAUAUGGUACAUUUUGUUAUCACCAAGGAAUUUGACAAACCUUAUAGGUCAAACCUGUGAAACCAAACCAGAUUAGGUUGCACUUGGCACACCCUAACACAGUAUGAUAUGAAAUACAACGAUAUCAGACUACACAUUAACAUACAGUAUGAUACAAUAUGACUCAAUAUGGUGCGGUUAGAAACGAUACAAUCUAAAAGUCAAGACAAGACACAACACGACAAGGUAAAAUAUGACAUAGCUCGUUACAAUACAAUACAAUACCACACUGUAGGAUAUAUUACAAUAUAUCACGAUACAAUACAAUACGAUGGGAUAAAAUACAACACAAUAUGAUGUAUUGCACUACAACACAAUGUCGCGCGCUGUGAUAUAAUAUGAUCCAUUAUUAUUUGAUAUAGCGUCUUUUCUGAAUGAAGAAAGAAGUCGUUCAAACGCGUAUAGAUUUGGUACAAAUUUGUUACCGUCCCUCUUAGAAGAGAGAAACUCUUGUUUAAAGCUGUGUGGGAAAGACUGAGACCAGACUGGCUGGAGACUGCACAGACUAACCCAAAUUGUUGUUCAAAUCAAAAUUUUAGCCAACUAAAGAAUCUGAACCAAGCUAUAAUCAUCCCAAAACUUCAUAUUCUGGCUUUAAAGUCAGUGAAUCAUAAUUUUGAAUUAUUGUCCCCACCCCAAUAACAGCAUACAAAUGGAAAGUAGGCCACAGCCUGUGUCCUUCACCAGUCCAAUAUGUCUUCCCACAAAAUCCGCAUUAGGAAGUUACACUCAUUCUCCUCCUGAAAACAAACUGAAGCAGGCAGUCAUCUGGCGAGUUUUUACAAUGUGUCUCUGUUUUCAUUUAUUAUUUAGUCGGGUUUGUGGUGGGCUGACCCAGUUGAGUUGCUUAUUAGCUACAGACGGAACGGCACAGUCCUGGACGGUAAAUCCUUCCUGAGGGAUGAAACUGAGUAUCUCCCAGCAGGGGGCUUCACUGUGACCCCGACAGGGCCCCAGGGGUUUGCUUUGGCACAGUCUGACUCAGGGUACAGGAGGAAUGUGGCUCAGACAUGGCAGGAGCUGAACUGACAACACGUCCACAUUUGUUCCAACUCUUCGGGGCCCUUUUGAUCUACUAACACCAGUUACUCACUGAUUUAACGCAGACUCAACAGGGUGUUAAUGAAGCCGGAGAAGUACGCUUCAUAAUGGCAUCAGGAGGCGGCUGAGAAAGGGGAACGGUGGAAACAAUGAACAAGCCAACUUCCUCUCUGUCUGCCAGGGACCAAAGAAACAGAGAUAACAGUAAAAGGGAAAAACUUACUCUGUCCUUCACACCAGAAAGCACUGCAGAAAGUUUAGACUCUCAGCAUGUCAGGAAAGGAGAAGUUAAAAUGUCCCUGGAAUAAAAAUGUUGAUGUAUGAAAAUUCACAAAGAUGUGGUACAUGGAAUAUGCCAAUUUCUUUACAACCAAAGUAUUAUACUGCUCUAAAGACUUUCCAGUAGGUUGGCCUUGACUGUAGGUAUGCUCAAUGCUUGGCCCUACUACUUGGGUGAUCAUACGGGCUCUUUUACCCGAACAUGUCCUCUUUUUUGGGGGGCUGUCCAGCCUUGAAAGGGAGAGUUUAUAAAACGUUUAAAAUGUCCGGGGUUUUGUAUGGAAGUUUUGAGUUUGUGCCACGUGGACUUACUGAGUUAGAAACGCACAAAAAAUAUACAACCUGACUCGAAAACUCUCAAAAUUCACUACGCAUGACUCUGUGACUCUGCCCCCACGUAGUCAGGUCCUCUUUUUGGGGAUUCAGUAUAUGGUCACCCUACCUACUACGUCUGAAAGACUAGAUAUCUGAAGAUGGAAGAUGUUAUUGAGGCCUUUCGGGUGUGUAUUUAAUCAAGUGUGCAUAACACUUGGCAGCACUGUGCAUUUGCACAUUGGGCUGAGGUUUGACCCAGGUGUCAAACGGUAUAUGUGUCAUAGGAAGCCAGGUAUCAAUCUCAGAGGAAUAAAGGGAGUAAAUGAUGAUCAUGAUUUGUUGUUUGUUGGUACAGAGUUGAAAGUUGCUGAUGUUUUCAUCAUUGAACAUAGAUGAUGCUAACCAUAGACUUAGAAUGGACAGCGUCUGCCUCCUCGCUGGGUGAAGCCACUCCGAGAACAGCACCCUCUGGUGACGGGCUGCAGUAUAGGUCAUAAAUCCCUAUGAGCCUAUGGGUGUACGAAGAUUGCGUAGCUCACCCGGGGGAUAUGCUGUUUGAGCCGAGCAUCAUCACAGCAACUCUCCCGCCGUAUGUGUACAAUGCUACUGCGCAAGUGGUGGAGUGCGUAUAACGGUACUGCACAAUGUUGGUUUCAGGAAGUGGAGAAAAAUCGUGGAAUUACCGAGAGUUUUUCGGCUUCAAAGCCAUUUACUGGUGGAAGGCGAAAUCAAGUUGUCAGUACAGUCUAUGAUGCUAACGCAUUAAUCCAAUGUUUUGGGACAGGUGUGAUAGGUCAACCACGAGGCCAAUAGUAAACACGCUUAAAAGAGGGCAUAUCGCCAACUAUCAUAGCAGAAGUUGAAAGACUUGGGUCAAUAAAUCAGUGCUUGCCCACUGCUUGGGGACUAGGACAAGGACAGUAGUCCAGUUAAAUUCAGUACCAAAGCUUGUGUUAGCCAAGCAGCUGCAGAAACAGGCUUGGUUUUACACUUUCCACUUAAGGUAUUCGCAAUAAACAACCUGAGAUGAGAUUUCUCUGAAAUUAGCUUGGGUAUGGCUCAGAUCACCAAGUGCAAGUACACUUAAUCUGCAUUGGAACCCUGCUUGAAAACAGCUGAGUCAGAAACCUAAUGUAAUACUAUACUUCUUGGUUGAUCAGUCCCAUCAAAUAAUAUUACUAUUGAGCUGUUAGAGCAUCAAGGGUCAGCUGUGUAGUCUAAACAGCCUUUCUAGAAAGUUGCUGUCUCCACCAUGUUAAUAUUUUUACCCUCCCAACGGCGACAAAUUCCUCACACUUCAUCUGUAAACCAGCCUCACGCUCUGACCACCCAUUUACUCAUGUUUACCCGGGCAGAUAUAUAGUGUUUCACUGUUGAUUUUUGCCGUGCCAGAAACAGAGGGGCUGCAUUGCCGUGUUUGCGUGUUGUCAUUGCAGUCUGGACAUUUACAGCGCAGAGAAGAUUAAAGUUGUUAUCCUCCACUUGCGUUGUAAAUGUAACUCCUAUCAUUCAUCAGCGGGGUCACUUUUGGGCUACAACUUUGAGUCUGCAUGACAAAUUCAUCUUCUGCUGCAUUUGUUCUGCAGCUCUCCGUCUUUGCGGUAAGUUCUCACACAAGCUGAGGAGUUUGUUUAAAAGAAGAAGCAUCUGUUUUUGGAGGGAAAUGCUUGUCAGGUGAUGGAUGACCUAUGGAGGAUUAGAAGACGGAGCUGGUCUCUGUGUGGACUCCAAAACCACAGCCCUCAAAAAGCUGGUGCGCUGAAGAAAAACCUGCAAACCCUUCUGCUUUCAGUUUGGACACUACUUUUUGAAGAGGGACAUCGGAGACUACAGUAAGAGAUAUCUGUGCUUUACCUCCUAUCCUCUUUGGAAACUGUCUGCAUAAAAGAGCGAACACAGAGAGGCGAAGAAUGCCAAUGCUAUUUUCCCCAGAUUUUCUCCAUCAGCUGUCCUCGCUCCUCCCCCCUCCUUUCCUUUCCUUCCCUACCACUCCUGCCAGGAAAUCUGAGCGAAAAAGCACAGAACAAGGUGGCGAAAGAAAACAGAAAACAAGUGAAAGCAGUUAAGCAAAGGAUGGGAGCGAGGAGGAGGGGGAGGCGAAGGAGAGGCAGUUCACUGAGCUCCAUCUCGUAACUCUUCUCUGAUUACCGCUCCGUCUUCUCUCCGAGGGAGGAAGCGCGGGGCCUGUUGUUUUGUAUGCGUGCGCCGUUUUCUUCAGCAGGGUCACAUUAUUCAGCCCGACUACAGCAGCACGUUUGACAGGAGUUGGGAAACGCGCCACCUGGCCCGAAAUGCUCACUUGCUUCCUGCGUGAUUUUGGCCGGCGUGAUGUUUUUACUAAGAUGCACCUGGGUCUCCUGGCUUUUAUGUGGCAGUGCGACCGCAGUUGUGAACCAGCUGAACUGACACAUCAGACUUCUCCUCCCUUCUCUUCACUCUGUGGUUUUGUUUCAUUACGUAAGCAGGGAAGUGUCAGCUGUGGCUGAAGCUGCAAUGGUACAAAAUGAGGGGAAAAUAUGGACAGUGUUCUUGAAGUGUUGGAUAAACCGAGCCAUGUGUCUUAAACAGCCAAACUAAAUGACAAACUUCAAAUUUGUGGUUGAAUAGAAAACAUAACUCUUUCAAACUGAGGAAAAGAUCGUUCAGGAGUUCCCUUUAAAGUGAAGGAUAGGGCUGUCGCUGUAUACGUACGCUGAUGAUAAAUGUCUAUUAAAAAAUAUGCACGAUGUUGAGCCCUAAAAAAGCAGACUGUAGUACUCUGUACAGUAGGGGGCAGUAGUGGGUCUAUACUGGUUGUAUUUUAUGAUAGACGUAAGCUUGAAGUGGACAGAGCUUGUUAGCGAAGCAUUUUCAUCUACAAGACAUCAAAAUCCUCAAAUCAACUUAAAGGUAUGCUUGUUUUAUCAAGUUCUUCUGGCUGUCUCUGUAUGUUUUAACAUUUUGAAGCUAGACUAUUUCAGUACAUGCGAAAAAGAAGAGCGUGACAUAGAAACAUAUUAAUCUUAAAAAUAGAGGUAAAUCUUCUUUCUAGGAAGUUUGCAUGCCAGUGAGUAACAGAAGCUAGUUAGUCUAGCGAAACAACCACACAAAGGGCGAAAAGCCACCUUGGUAGGACAUGCUAGUAAAUACUUCCAGUCUCUGUAUAUUUUACUAGUUCAUGAGUCUUUAAGGGUCACUAUAAACCAACUAAACUAUAUCAAGUUCCUAGUAAUGUUUGUUUGCUGGGCUGUUUAGAAGUAAUAGUUAACAGUCGACCAGACUGAAAACCAGAAGAAUCCAAAACACUGUCAAAGUCUGGCACAAUUUACUAAACACGGCUAAACUCAGGAUCACUGACUGACUGCAGAUAAACAAUGUCAAACGGAUUUAGCCGAGUGUGGCUUAAGCUAGCAGAGCUAGCACCUCUACUCUUCAGGCCUCCUUGAAGGUUAAUAUCCACAUCUGCUUCAUCCACAUCAACUAGACACAAACUACAGUAUAACAAAUAUUUCUCCGGUUUCCAGAUCAAAUUACUGCCACAGUGCAAGAUGUCAGCUGUCAUCUGUGCUUGUUUACAUCCAGAUAGUGGAACAUAAUUGCAUUAUGUCUUUCAUCAGUCAGCAUGUACUGCCCUGGGUAGUGGUGGGUGGCUGUACGAUGGCUUUGAUAAAACAUAUGUUCAUCUCUUCAGCCUGAUUGGAAUAAAAACAUUGACAACUUGUUGAAAUGACGAGUAAUUCUGGUGCAGACUUGUUGAUGGUUUAGUCAACUGAAUCUGCACGUCUCAAGUCACUACAGACCCCAUGAAUCCAGCUUUCUCAGUAGGAAUUAACUCUAUUUUUGGUAAAACGAACCUUCUGAAGAGUUUUUUUUCUCUUUCUCUUAGUGUGCUUCUACUUGAGACAAAACUUACCUCGUCUUGGAAACGAACCAAACCCUGUUUUGUCGUUUGAAAACCACAAAAUGUUCCCUCUUUUCUGUUCCUUCAGCCACAUGAUCUCAUUACAUUUGCUCUUCAUCACGACCAAAUCAACCGUUCAGGCCAGGACUUUUCUUUUCCAUUUCUGUCUGACCUGCAGUCCUCAUUGUAUAUGAUGUGUGUAGAACAACGUUACUCUCCCCACUCAUUUAACAUGACUGUCACUCUACAGUCCACCUCCCCCUACACACCGCUGCCAAGACGGAUCAACUGCAGAGAGGCAUUUCAGGCACACUCUGUCGCCCCGUCUUUGACAUCCUGGUUUAACAACGUGUAAAGAAUGACAUCAUCUUGAAUUACAGAGAUUUGCCAAAAAGCUGGAUUCAUGUUGUUUGGUGCCAAAUGGCUCUCAGAGUCUGAACUGUCAUCUGUGUUCUGGAAAAUUUGUGCUGUGAUAAAUGGACAAGCACAAAUGCUAACAUUUACAGGAGUGCCUAUGAGGGGAUCACGCCUUAUAAUUUGGCCUUGAGACAUCCGAGCGUCUGCUGUCCUCCUUAAAAGAGGAUUUAUAAAGUGACGAGGGCAGAGUGUGGAGACAUUUGUGUCUUUUGAACUGACACAACGGCUUUGAGAGGCUGAAAAGUCCCUGGAGGACAUCAGUUGUGCUGUUGUAGUUCCUGGCGUGCGCGUGGACGAAUCUGGGGCUGCACAAGUUUCAAAACCGAGUUUCUGAACACUGAGUAAGUGUGAGAGUAGCUGCAGAGUAGAAGAAGUGGAGCUGUGGGGGUUGUGUGCAGCUAAGGAGUCUGUUUCCUGUCCAAGUGUGCACAUUGUAAAGGAACCAGAAGGCCCUAUUGUCUUUCAGUUGUCCAGUGACGAAACACCUUCCUGUAGUGAAGGCUUUGCUGAUAGCAGAGCCGCCACACUGUACGGUAAUAUCAACUUCCAUGUAUUCAGUGAAACCCAAGACAGACAGAUGUUUCUUAUCCCUGGAGUUCUCUCUCGGUCGGAUGUUUCCCUUUAAAAUACUGGAGCACGUAACCGUUUAGUGCUGAUAAAUCAAUUUGAUUCUCUCUCGGUUGCCUCUAUGAGCUGAUACUUCUUCUUUUACAGUUAGCUCAUCUUGUAUUGAUCUGGUUUUGAUUUCCUUACUUAUGACUAAAAAAUGAGCGCCUGUAAUUCUCUCAUAUGCACCACACCGCCCUGUCGUUGUCUUGGCAGGGAGGAGCACACUGAACAUGUCACACAGCUAAUGGCGUUGAGGUAAUGAAUUGGUCUGUUCUGCCAGAUGCAGCGGUAAUAAUCCUGCUAGUUCCAGACAGGGUCUUAGCAGAGCUUCGCUGCAAUGCAUGGGCCUGAGAAGAAUCCCUAUAGCUUAGGUUUAUGACCGGACUGCGUCCCAGUCUGGAUUGACCCUGCCUGUGCACUUGUCUCCGUCUCUGGUAAAGUCUGCAGACCCCUUUGCCAAUUUAUCUUCCCUUUUCUUCUCCUCAUGCUCCUGUUUUUUUUUUUUUUUUUAAAGAGGCCCUCGAAUGACUCCUCUCAAUCUGUUUUUCUGAGGUUCUUGUAUUUUUUCUUAAAGUUCAUCAGGUUUUCGUCAUUAAGGCGACAUCACUCCUAAACUUCCAGCUGCGCCUCUUCAUCCCGCAGGCAUCUUGUCUUUCCAGUGAUCACUUCCAUUGAUUUACAUUCUGGUAUCAAAGCACAAUCCAGAUGUGUCUCAGAAGUACGGCUAAGUUGAAGUUAAUGGGAUCCUUCUGCGGCACUGCUGCAGAUCAGCAUAGAUUUGGGUAUUAGUGGCGAAUGAUUUCAGCCAAGUAUGCCUUGCUGUGGCUAUAUGCACAUUCAAAAUGCAUGACUUCUUCUUUCAUUUCACCACUGUUCAGUCGUUCUUUGUCCAGGGUAAAGACCAGAUGUUCCACUCUUUCUCCUUUGAUUUCCAAAACCAAACUGAAUCCUCCACCAUCUGCUCUCACACUGCCUCCAAGAGCAGCUUAACAGCUGCAUGGUAUUUGUUCUUUUAAUGAUAGGUUUGCAGCAAUGCAGAGAUAUAAAACCCGACACCGCUGGUUGGUUGACUUGUACAGAUUUCGACAGUUGCUGGGAGCGACAAGAAAGUUUAUUCUUUCAUACCGCAGGUAGACCUACGGUAGAUCCAAAGAUCCCUACACUCCACAUCUACUAACCAGCGUAUUCUGGAGUUUCAGUUUAACAGAUGGUCUUUAUUAAUAGAGAUGGUUUUAUGGUUGCCAUGAAAAUAUUUCUUUUGACACAGAAGUUCCUUCACCAUUACAAGUUACUCAAUGAAACCUCAAGGGCUUUUGAUGGCUGCUCGGUCUUAUUGACUUUAACGACCCUUGAAUAGGUGAUCUCUUCCCUCUUCUCUUACCCUUUGUACUUACCCUUUUAGCUCUGCACAGCAGCAGUGUAUUUGACUGGACUUGACCCGUUUGUGGCACCUACUCAUUUCCAGAUCUUUGCUUGUGUUGAACCUACUCUUAAAGGGAUAUUCCGGCAUAAAAUAAAUUUAGACUCUGAGUUAGACAACCCUCUGAGAGAUUAAUGUUGCCAACCGCUUGUUUUUCUAGUUAUACCAACUUUAGUAAUGACCGCACAAUAGCAAUACACAGUGGUCUGAGGAGCCAUAAACAAACCUCAACAAAUAAGCCACUCUAUAGCCACAAAUAAUGCUCAGAUCAGCACCUAACUCAGUCUGUAAUGGACUGGCCCGAGGUCAUCGUACAAACAAGCGGCGGCUGGAAGAGAGUAGGUGAGUUGUUGUAGUCUCUUUGCUAAAGAAAUGAGGCAAAGUUAAAAAGAUGUUUGGUGAUGAUGCUAGUGCUAGGACCCUAUAUGUCCUGUUGAUGAAGUUAGGUGCUGUUCUGAGCAUUGUGGCUAUAGAGUGGGGUUUUGGUUGAGGUUUAUUUAUGGCUCCUCAGACCGCUGUGUAUUGCUAUCGCGCGGUCGUUACUGAAGUUAGUGUAACUAGAGAAGUAAGCGGUCGGCAACAUUCAUCUCUCAAAGGGGUUGUCUAACUCGGUGUUGCGGUGUGCCUGACCGUCAAUUAAUUUUACGCCGAAAUAUUCCUUUAAGUGUCUGCUAAAUGGAAUUAUAAAGUUGUACCAUGUGUUACAGUUUGUGUGCUGAGCCAGGAGAUAAUCAGCACAACCGUGCAGAAAUUAUAUUGCCUAAUUGAGCUUUAACCAUAGCUGAAACCUUUCAGGCAAGACACCUGCAACUCAUGCAGGUGGGUUAGCGGUAUCUGUAGAGAAAUAUGAUCGGACCACAUGAAAAUAAUGAUAUGGAUAUAGGUCUUGAAGAUCUGAUAUGAGAAAUUCAAGAUUUGCAGGGAGUCUGAACAAAUCCAAAUGUGAAAACUUGAAAAGUAAAGUCCAUGUUUUUGUAUUUAGACCAAUGUCAGGAACGCCUACAGUCGUAAUUUGUCACUAGCUGGUGAUUGGGUAAAUUGUUCUGCUAUCCUCAGCCAGAAAACAAAGAUAAAUAACAGCUGGAUGGUCUUUAAGAGACCCAGGUGCCAUUUUUUUUAGAGGAUAGUGAGUAACUGUGAAGCUGUCUUCGUUUAGCUUUCCCCACCAGCUGUUUAGAAGUGUGAGAAGGGAAGUAGAUGGGUGUAGUCUAAUUAGUAGCACCGUGUUUCUGCUGGCUGAAUGCACUUUUUCUGAUCAGGGACACAUGCAAAUACAUGUGGAAGUCUGUCAUGAGCGAGUGGCAGAUACUUUUAUUUCCUGCAUGCAGAUUUCAUCAGAUUGGAUCAGACUUGGAUAAUAAAAAGUGCUUUGUCCAUGCAUCAAUAUUAAUGAGUCAAGAAAUGCAUCUGUGCCAUGGCUGAAGUCUGCACGCUGGAAAAUCUGAUUUUCUCAGACUUGUGUAAAUCUUUUUGUCCGGACGCCAGAGGAAAGAUACUUUAAAAUCAGCUCAUGUCAUUAAUAUUCUUUUAUUUAAACAGAAAAAAAUGGAAAGUUAUUGCUGGGAAAAAGCGCACUGAUUUCCACUUGAUAGUCCAGCUGUCUGUUUCAAUGUGUGUGGCUCUCGCUAUGAUGGAUAAAUCCACAUCUCUUCGGUAUUAGCUCAGGAAUCUUGUAAUAUUUGCAGAGUAGUAGAAUCAACAUAAAACUCUGCUCCGCUGUUUGUCAUGAAAUAUUUGUACAGGUGUGUGAAAUUCAGAAUAGAUGAGGUGUUUAUAAUGACCUCGGACCAUCACAUUUUUUGUAUUCAGCUAAAAAUACGAAGGCCAAGACAAGCUAGAUGAACACAAGAAAAUAAUCUUACAUGUUCAGAGCUAAUCAUAAGCAGACCACCCGCUAGAAUAUGAUGCAAAGAACCAAAGUGAGCUCAACAGUAUCCCACAAAAGAACCAUUUGCAUCCCAGUGUAUCCCCCUCUAAGCUCCGUUUUUGGUCGAUUUGAUCAUUCGGUGCAUUUUUGGACACCAGGAAUGUCCAUUCAGGUAUGAGUGAGAAGUUUAAGGCACACAAGAGAGGAUUUUAAAGUAGCCGUGAAUGGUUUAACAUGAUCCCGAGACGAUGAGUCUGUGGAUGUCAUCAGAGGUGGACCGAGCCAAAGUCUGGAAUACAGAUCCACAGGACGGUCGUAAGGAUGCUGUCACUGCCCAGAUGUCAGUCCCUGCACACAAAUCCACAUGACAGGCAGGAUGCUGUCCAUUUUUCAUGGAGAUGUUGACGUCCACCGUAUAGAAGCGGCUAACGGUCCAUCCUGGAGUAUCGCUCUACGAAGUCAGAACAAAAACUGUCCAUGAAUGUAGUUCUCAGACUUUCAUUUAAACAAAUGUGGGAAAGGUUGAAAACAACAGGUAGGCCUGGUCAGAAUGCCAAACCUGGCUGUGAAGAGCAUACCUCACUUCCUAACAAAAACCAGAGGCAGGGAGAGCAGCAGCAAAGACCAUCAGGGUGCAGAACAUCAGCUGAUGUGUUGGAGACUAUGCUUUGGGUAAUCCGAUACCGAAAUUUACGACAAUAACCGUCAUUUUGCCCAGGUAGGCUGUGGUCUCAUGUCCCUUUAAGAUGCUGUCCUACGUCAGAGACGUGACUCCACCCCAUCCAGUCCGUGAAAAGAGGGAAAGACAGGUGAGGAGAUGGAGGACGGUUCAAAAGUUGUAGCGGCUGAAGUAGACAAAGUUAAUGUGGGAGGGGGUGAGCAGGUUGUGGAGUAGUUAUCGUCCAUUUAUGGUUAUCGAGGUGAACUGAUCAAUAUAAUGUGUUAUUGGUUUCAGGCCAUAUUGCCCAACUCUACUUUACUUUGUAGCCUGCCUGAACUAACACUUUGCUCUAUUACAAGCCCUCAUUUAAAACUGUCACAAACCUCAACUUUUAUUUUGAAAGGUGACACAAUCCAGGCUUUAAGCUGAGUUUUGAAAUGCUUUCAGUGAUGACUUAAUCCAGAUAAGACCGAUUCCAGGGGGGACGAGGAGACACAGAUAGCAUCAGAGAACAGCGCACAGUGUCCCAGGGUGAUGGGUCGACCCCCGGCAAUCCCGCCCUGGCUUACAAGGCGAAGGGUCCCGUCGUCUCACGCCACGGUGACGGUAUCCAGCCAGCCAUUUCUCACAGCUGCAUCUUCAAACAUGGCAGCAAUCAGCGCACAUCUGUCGAGGAGGGCCUCAGUGUUUACACAGUGCUAACCGUGCGGCGUCAGCUCCAGCACCAAAUUCCUCAGCUGGACUCUUUGAAGGGUCUGAGUUCAUCUGAUGAGGAGGCUCUGGAAGAUAACUGUGACACCAUUUUUCCCUCACAUUGGAAAACACGACAAGGAUAUCCAUGGAAACUCCUCCUGUGAUAAAACUCAGAGUGGCAUUGAAACCCUCACGAUGAACUUUGUGACCCUUUUUUUUUGGUUGUGUCGUCUUAUUCCCAGAAAUUCCAACAUAUUUAAUGCGACAGAGUAUGUUAUACAGUAUAAACAGAGUCGUUUCUAAAGGGGUAGUCCACCAAUUUAUCACAUCAGCAUGGGCGAAACGUGGUGAGAGGGGGAACUCCGGCAGCUCUACACAUCAAAGUUUGUUUUACAAGUCUUUUGGAGUGCUACUGGUUCUGUAAAAACACGCUCGACUGUUGAAAGCUUCUGUGGCUAAACAAGGAGCUUUGAGGAAUCUGACAAACUGCUUCCAGGAUAAUUCUCGAGUCGGGGUCGGCUGAGGUUGGAGACAAUUUUCAUAACAAAAAAUGAAUCAGUGGCAUGGUUUUUAAAAGGUCUCUGCUUCACACUAGCUGCCUGAAGAUAUAUUUGGCAUCUGUAACAUUUACAAGUCCUUAGGAAGUGUUUGCAUUGUGGGGGCUGUAGGCUCAGAGUUUAGAGUAGAAAUCCUCAAAAAAGGCACUUCAGCAGAUAACUCAGGAGUAAUCUGAGCCUGGGGUUGAAGACUUUCAUUCUUUUUAUAGAGAUCUCUCACAGACUGAGGGCUUCAAGUUGGCUUUAACAGGUAUGCAGGGUCUGUUGUGAGGAUGCUGUGUGUUCUAUUAUGGGAUGUUUUUCGGUGUGACCUUAAAAGACAGACGUAUCAAGGAGUGCUCAACAGUUUUGCCCCUGUUACUUCCAAUACGUCGAAUGAAGCGCACGCUCUCCCUCUUCUUCCUCAACAGCAGAGCGUGGGCGUGGCCCCUCCCCUCAAACAGCUUUUACUUUCACUUUAUCGUAUCAACGUGAAAUCAUGUUCACAAGGCUCGACAGUGCAACUGUUUCACUCGCAUUUGCAACUAAAAAUAGAUGUGUACAAAUUGCAAAAUGUAUUUACGGACACAUGUGGGCAUAAAAAAAUGAACUGAGGCAACAAAUGUUUUUUUCAUGUAAAUACCGCAGUGAAGUUAGUUUUAGGUUGGAUACCCAACAGACAUGCACUGCUGAUAUACUGGUGUCUUUUCACUCUCCAUAACCCGAAAUAGCAACAGCAGUGCAGUUUAAUCUACUCGGCACCCUCGCUGUCAACGUUGGGUGUUGAAUAAGGGACCAUCAAUAAAUUACCAGUUGAUGUUCUCAAAAAAAAAAGGCUGUUUUCAUUCAAUAGUUUCCAUAUCAUGUGACCAAUUGACCUAAAACUGAUUUCAAAUAAUAGUACUAAGGUCGGACAAUAAGACAAACAUUAUUUGAUCAGUUCUUAUUGUGCUCCUAAAGUUCUUGUGUGCUCCUUACUUUUUCAACUCAGAAGCACAUGUGCUCCUUCUGAAAAAAGUUAGUGUCAAGCCCUGGUUCAGGAGCAUGAGGAGGUUUAGGCCUCGCUAAGAUCAACGGUAGAUUGCUGUGUCCUUUAUGAGAGUGAGAGGAGCAGAAGGAGGUCGGUGUGUGUCUGUAUGUGUCUGAAAAGCCAAGGGACAGAGAGAGAGAGAGAGAGAGAGAGAAAGAGAGAAGAGCUGAAGCGAUCGCAAGUGCUAACAAGUUAAAAUCUUUGGGGCUAAAAUACAAAAUACUGACUGACUGAAAGACUGAAUGACUUGUUAGAUCUGCAAUUGUUUUUGACACGGUGAAAAUAGUUCAGUACAAGUUAAAUCUGAUAUUUAAUUUAGCGAGUUUUAUCACCAAAGUGAAGUCAAAGCUCUUAAAGUGGGCUUGGCUUGUCUGGUUUUCCCGUGAAUCAGUGUUUUGGUUCGAUUUGCCUGAUCUUGCCUUAAAUCUCGGCCUAUAAUGUGACCAGUCUUCCUCUUCUAUAAAACCUUUCUCGUCGGUUUCGCGGCUUUGUUAUAGUUCAGUGAUAAACCAUCAGAAGGCCUCCUCAAGAUCCUGUAAGCUGUUUUUCUUUCCCGGGAUGGAAACUUUUUCCGUGGCGGCGGUAACCUCCGAACGGAAUCACCAAUAGCUGUUCAAGUAUGAUGUUACAGUCAGUGAGGGCAUGUUUUUCUGAGAUGUCAAAAGUAAUUGGAGGAAAUGUAGGGAAUGAAAAGUGCAUGAGUCAGAUUAGAGGAAAGUACAGCAGGAAAGGAAAUGACUUUUUUCAUCGUUGAGUUAUUCCUGGAAUGUAUUCAACAGCGUUGACGAUGUCGAAAAUGAUGAGUCUAAUGGGCGAGUUUUACUGUCCAAAGUCAAAACAAAGUCCAGAUCAAUUCACCAUAAAGGAAAGAAUUCAGUCUCUCUCUCUUCUUUCCUUCAGGUUUGGACUCCAGCACGCGGACUCUGAGCACCCCCAGCCCAGGUCUCAUUCUUCCAUCGAAGUCCUCCUCGCUCUCCUCACCGGCCCUCUCCAGUAACGGCCAUGAGACCAACUCCUCUUCCUCCUCCUCGGCCCCUGCAGAGACCGUCGCCGUCGUCCACCCUCAACCCGGCACCCACACCCGCUCCCGCCAGUCCAAAACCCACCACCACGCCCCCAUCGACCUCCUCCCCGACCACACCCUCCUGCAGAUCUUCUCCCACCUCUCCACCAAUCAGCUUUGCCGCUGCGCCCGAGUAUGCCGCCGCUGGUACAACCUGGCGUGGGACCCGAGGUUGUGGAGCACUGUCCGGCUAACGGGCGAGCUGCUUCAUGUGGACCGUGCCAUCAGGGUGCUGACCCACCGGCUGUGCCAGGACACCCCCAACGUGUGUCUGACCCUGGAGACGGUGAUGGUGAACGGCUGCAAGAGGCUCACCGACCGCGGGAUGCACGUGGUCGCUCAGUGCUGCCCGGAGCUGCGUCGCCUGGAGGUUUCCGGGUGUUACAACAUCUCUAAUGAGGCUGUGUUUGAGGUGGUGUCCCGCUGCCCCAACCUGGAGCACCUGAACCUCUCAGGUAAAAAGAAACACACGUAAUCCAUCGUGCCAUAUCAAAGCUAACAAACCUUGAUUAGUAGGCUCACCUCAUCUUUCUAAAGCUUUGUUAAAGCCCUGGAUUUACCUCAAAGAUCCCUCUCCUCAGUCUUUUCUUUUGGAGCUGGUAAAAUCAUUAGAGGAGCAGGAGAAGCUCUGCCAACCCCGAGCUCCCAUGUGGGAGAAGAAAGGCUUUCUUUAGCUGGGAGCAGAACUUACCUCAACAUGAGUGAGGAGAGCGGUCUGCUGCUUUCAUUAAGAGCGACACGAAUAACACUGACUUGGACAGGAAUCUGGUGGCAGAACAGGGUCUGCUUCAUUAGCACAACAAAAAGAGAGGAACAAACUUCACACUUUUGUGGAUUUUAGGAACAGAAGAAGAAAACAGAUGGAUCAGAUGUGAUUUUUCUAACCUGCAGAGACAUCAGUUGUGCUUUCCUACCUCUUAAAAUCAGCCUCAAGUUAGUGUUUGGGGGAGUUGUAUGCACUCAAACACUGUCAUGCCACUUCUGUGACAGUGUCUUUUACUAUGGCACCCUCUAGUGGCAGCUUAUGAAGUUAGAAAUGUUGUUGUUUUGGAAAAAAAAAUCAUUUAAAGACAGUGAAAAAGAUGACUGGAGUUUUAUCUUGAUGUAGCCAUGAAAACAAGUCCGUCCCUGACAGUUUUUGUUAGUAUGUUUGACAGGGCUGAUUCGAUUCUUCUACGAUUUUUUGGAUGCUGAUUCGAUUUAAAUUGCGAUUCUACAAUAUUGUCAAAAUUCGACCGUAAUAUGAAAAAAUAAAAUUCCGCAAAAUCGCAGGACGGGAAAACGUCGCUGAUGUGAACGCUUGUAUUGGCAGGAUACGGGUUCGAAAAAAAAUAUUGACGUCUGAAAUAAUCGCACGAAAAAAACGCUCCUGGUAUGCAAGGACCUUUAGACUAAAAUUGAAAAAAAAAAGUUUUUUUAACUUAAAAUCAAUUUAAAUAUUGGAAAACAAAAAAUCACGAUACUCAUGUGAAUGGAUUUUCUCUCUUCCCCCUAAUGUUUGAGGUAUUUUAAGUGUUGCUCACAUGCAGACCUAAAGAAUUGAACUUGUCCAUUUUUUUUGAUAAUGACUUCGAGCUGACAGUCUCCUUCUCCUCCUCUCCUUCAGGCUGCUCCAAAGUCACAUGCAUCAGCCUCACCCAGGAGGCCUCGCUCCAGCUGUCCCCUCUACACGGCCAGCAGAUCUCCAUCCAUUUCCUGGACAUGACUGAUUGUUUUUCCCUCGAGGACGAGGGUUUGCGAACUAUCGCCUCCCACUGCCCCCGCCUGACACAUCUGUACCUGCGGCGCUGCACCAGACUGACGGAUGAGGCCCUGCGUCACCUGGCCCUCCACUGCCCCUCAGUUCGGGAGCUGAGUCUCAGUGACUGCCGCUUGAUCGGGGAUUUCGGUUUGCGCGAGGUCGCCCGCUUAGAGGGCUGCCUGCGCUACCUGAGCGUGGCCCACUGCACUCGCAUCACGGAUGUGGGCAUGCGCUACGUGGCGCGGUACUGCCCGAGACUGCGCUACUUAAACGCCAGAGGAUGUGAAGGACUGACAGACCACGGCUUGAGCCACUUAGCGAGGAGCUGCCCCAAACUCAAGUCCCUCGACGUGGGCAAGUGCCCGCUCGUGUCAGACAGCGGGCUGGAACAGCUGGCGAUGUACUGCCAGGGCCUAAGGCGAGUGAGUCUCAGGGCGUGCGAGAGCGUGACGGGCAGAGGACUCAAAGCUCUGGCCGCGAACUGCUGCGAGCUGCAGCUUCUCAACGUGCAGGACUGCGAGGUGUCGCCAGAGGCUCUGCGGUUUGUCAGACGCCACUGCCGGCGCUGCGUCAUCGAGCACACAAACCCCGCCUUCUACUAAAGCGGGGACUUUCUGGACUGGUCCUCUGACAAGUGGAUGUUGUAAAAUUCCUGCUAUGGAGUGGGCGGUGUUCAGCGGCUGAUGUGUCCAAACUGGUUUUAAAAAACUGGUGUGCAAUACUGACCAGAGUUUCUCUCCAAAAAUCCGCUUGGUGGCUCUAAACGCUGUCCUUUCAAGUACUUCAUAGAAUGUAUUUAACGUAUUUAUCCGUAAAAAGGCAGAAAGCGCAGUAUUUUACCGUUUUCAACACCACAGUAUACAAUGUAAGAACAUGCUACAGCACUGAGCACCGGGUACAGUUGUGUCACCGUUUAAAGCAUUAUAAUGUUAUUUUAAAUCUGAGAAUCAGAGUCAUUAUCACACAAUACUCCAUCUAUUUAUAACAGCGAGUGUUUUUUUCAGACUUAAACCACUAAGAAUGUAGCAACAAAGCAGCAGCAGCCAGAGUUCAAAUCUUCCGUUUCACUUUCUUUGUGUUGUUUUUCGUUUGCACUUUAUGCAAUUGUGCUGACAAUCAUUUACAACUGAGCUCUAAGUGUUGGUUUUUUUCGCCGAGUGAAUUUAGAAAUGACUUUUUCAGCCAGAGGACAUUCGACUGCCGAAGAGAGACAAGCUUUAAUGGGAUCAUUGUGGAUAAAAACAAGAACACAUGCUGCUAUAACUGUGUCAAUAAAGAAUUCUUCAAAAUCCA